GCACAAUACCAACACCAUGAGCAGAAGUGGUGUACUUCGGGGAUAGGGUUACAACCAGGUUACAGCAGUAUUAUGGAUACUAGACAUCGCGUAACUGUAAAUAGUUACUUGAUGAUUUGAGGACGGGCUUUAACCCAUCAUUUUUAGCAGUGACAAGUCUAACAGAUAAGUCUAUUUCGAAUAGCAGAUAAAAAAAGACCCCACCAACCAUGUCUGUCGAACGACAGGCAUUUAUUCUGUUCUCACUGUAUAUAUUGACUUUAAUUUGUCACCCUUAACAAUUAUUUUUGAGAUUUUUCCAGCUGAACUCGCAUAAAUACCGUUAACAUAUCGCGUACAACGCUUAUCCAUCCAGAGAAUAUUGUGGAACGGUAUCAAGAACAGUGGGGACAACUGAACCCUGUCCAUAAAGGGCAAAUGGAAAUUACAUUUGGAUAUGGGGCCUUUAAGAACAGAAGACUAAUAGUAUAGUACCUAAUACACAGUAAACGAAGUGUGGUGCUGCGGUGUUAAUUAACACAACAGUAACUGUAAGAGCCAACAGACAGCAAUCAGGUGCAACACAAGGGUCAUGGCUUUGUGUGUUAAAAACGAAUAUGAUACGGGCUCUUUAUGCACUGGGGAUUCAGCAGCAACACGGGAACCUGGCAGUCGUGGAUCCUAUCUGGAUACUGAACAAAUUAAAAGAGAAGUUGUUGAUCCAGGCUACAUCAAAGUAGACCAACAUAGUGACUUGCAGUGCUUUGGUGAUGCAGGGAUAGAAGUUGAAGAAAUGAAGUGUGAACCAGUUGGAGCUAAGACUGAAAUCAAACAGUGUGAAGAGGAUCUCAAAGAAAUUAUUGGAAAUAGUAUAGAAUCUCAAGAGGAAAAUCGGCUCUUAGUGAAUUAUAACUCUCAGUGUGGGAAUGGGAGUAAUAUUUAUACAGUAAUUAACUGGUCAGAUUGUAUCCAGAGUACAAAGACAUUUGACUUAAAAGACCAGCAGAUUAAACCAAACAGAAAUAAACAUAGCUGUCCAGAAUGUGGCAAAUGUUUUACAAGAUCUUAUACUUUAGGGCAACACAAGAAAAUUCAUUCGGGAGAAAAACCGCACAAUUGUGCUGACUGUGGAAAAAGUUUUGCCAAUACAAAAUAUUUGGCAAAACACAGAAGAAUUCAUUCUGGGAAAAAAAAUUACCUGAUAUGUGAUUUGUGUGGGAAAAGUUUUGCAGAUUCUUCAUCUUUGAAGAAACACCAUAAAGUGCACUCAGGGGAGAAACCCCACAGCUGUUUGGAAUGUGGAAAAAGGUUUGCAGAAACAUAUUCCUUAAAAAUGCAUGUGCGACAUCAUUCAGGCGAGAAACCAUACAGCUGUUCCCAGUGUGGGAAAAGUUUCUUCACUCUGUCGUCCUUAAAGAGGCACAAAAGGAUUCAUACGGGUGAAAAGCCAAAUAUCUGUGGACAAUGUGGGAAAAGAUUUUCGGAUCCGUCAUCUUUCAAAAAGCACCUUAAAGUUCAUUCAGGUGAAAAACCACACAGAUGUGCUGUCUGUGGCAAGUGUUUUGCAGAGGCUGAAACUUUAAGGAAACAUAUGAGGAUUCAUUCAGGUGAAAAACCGUACACCUGUUUCCAGUGUGGGAAGAGUUAUACACAGGCAUACCAAUUAACAAUACACAAGAGAAUUCAUUCUGGUGAAAAACCUUACAAAUGCAUUGAAUGUGGCAAGUGUUAUGCACAGGCAAACAACUUAACAGUACAUAUGAGAAUCCAUUCAGGGGAAAAACCAUAUAAAUGUACGCAGUGUGGAAAGAGUUAUACACAGGCAAACAAUUUGACAAUACAUAUGAGAAUUCAUUCAGAUGAAAAGCCUUACAAAUGUACACAGUGUGGUAAGAGUUUUGCUGAAGCCAACAGCUUAACAACACACACAAGGAUUCAUUCCGGGGAGAAACCCUACAGCUGUCCCCAGUGCGGGAAGGGUUUCAUUUCUGUAGACUCCAUAAAACGACACCAGAAAAGACAUUUUAGUGAAAAACCUCAUGGUUGCUCUGAAUGUGGGAAGAGAUUUGCUGAUGCAGGAUCUUUAAAACUGCAUAAAAGAAUUCAUUCAGGGGAGAAGGCGUUCAGCUGUGACCAGUGUGGAAAGCGCUUUGGCUAUCCAUCCUCAUUAUGGUACCACCAGAAAAUGCACACAGGUGACUAGAUAAGCAUAAUUCAUUUGAGAGUAUGCUGGAAAAAAAUUGUUAUAACAAAGAAAUAAUAUAGUUGUACUGCUACUGCAAAAAAAACACUGUUUGGGAAGUGUGUAUAAUACUACAAAUGCACAAUAUGUUGGUUAAUAUUGCCAAACUUUAGUCAGUAUUCAAAGUUAGCAGCAUCGCAGCUAAAGAUGUAAUUACUAAAAUCACAGAGAUGAUUGCAUUACAUCAGUGCUUCUCAACACGGUUUUCAGUCCACACUUCUGCUCCCUCUCAGGUCCUGGUAGGUUAGAUGAUCAGCCAUUUUCCAUAUGGGAGAAUGAGGGAUUUCGUUGGCUCAUUCACCACGUAGAAGCUCACUACACUCUCCCAAUUCGGCUCUACUUCACUGACAUCUCACUGCCUGCAUUAUAUGAUGUAGCUGCUGCACACAUUCACAGGAUCUUAAGAAGUAGUAUCACCCACAUCAGUUUCGCAGAUUUGUGAAGCUCAAAGGUUAGUUAUCAGUAUCAGUAAUAGACAAAAAAAACAUUUGUUAACUAUGGGUCAAAAUGUAUACAUGGGUGUACCACUAUUUGUUACCAGCAUCACCAUUGGUCGAAAAUGUAAUUGUGCAAGAUGGCAUGGUGACUAAUUGAGCAUUGCAGUAGUCAUCACUUUCAGGCUUGUAGGUUUAAUUAUUCUCCAUGGCUCUGUAUGUAUUCAGGUUUGCAUGUUCUUCCUGUGUUGUGCUGGUUUCCUCCAGGUAAUCUAGUUUUCUCCUGCAAUCCAUAAACAUGGUAAAUUGGUGUCUCUAAAUUGCCCGUAGGGUCUUACUGUGCAUCUGUAAUCAACAGGAAUCCUCUGCAGCAUAGCAUAGGCCCCACAUCCACCACAGCCUUGUGCUGGAAAGGCGGUUAUGAUAGGUAUGUGGAUGGAUGAAGACAUGCAUCGGAAAUAAAUAAUCACAGUAAACCCACAUAUCAAGUGAAUUUAAUUACUGUGUCAUUCACCUUUGAGUUUGCUUUUUCAAUUUUGCAAAUAAUUUGUAAAGUUUUUAAAUGUGAGAUACUGCCAAUAAUUGUAUGCAGAUUUAAUUAAAAAAAACUAAAAAGCAUUAAAUAUUCCUGACAUAUCAAGUGUUGUGUAAAUCAAGAACAGGGAAAAUCCACUGGAGGAGAAGUGUAAUUAUGAAUACAUUUGAAUAAAAAAUGGAGAUUAUAAUGCAGAUCUGUGGGUACAACAUUGCUUUUCAGUGAGAAACACAAUAGUGUU